AUGCCUAAAGCCAAUGAGGUAGAGAGCGAGAGCUCCAAAGAUCAGAACAAUAGCAACACUAAAGAACUUUUAUUAGUUAAGUGGACAAUAUGUUUUUCAAUAUGGGUCUGGAUUCUAGUUUCUUCAAGAACUUUUCAAUCAAUAUUACCUUUAAAAUUUUUGCCUUCAGAUCUUGGUGUUUAUGGUGAUAAUCCAACUGAUUUGAUUUCAAUGAUUGAUGGGAUUUCAACGAAUGAGACAUCAACAAAAGUUUUAGAACCUGCAGUAAUAAUAACAAAUGCUGACUUAUUAUUAAGCUUCAAAUUAUAUGAAUAUGAUAUUGAUGUUGAACCUGAAGAUCUUGAAAUGGGUAAAAUUUUAAGUUUAUCAUUCCAAUUAGAUAGACCUGCAGCUAACUACUUCGGAUUGAACUCCGAUUUUAUGUAUGAUUUACAAAGUAUAUUUGAUGAUACAAUUUAUGAUUUAUAUUUUGAUGAAUUUGCUACAGAUUUCAAAGAUUCAAUGGAUUUAGAUAAAUUAAGUAAAUGGCUACAAGUUUUAGGUGUAUUGAGAUUAGUUUUAUUGAUUUUCAUGAUCGCUUUACUUUUAUCAGUUAUACUAUCAUUCAUACCCCAGAAGGGUCACCAAGGUGUUCAAAAAAUUAUCAAAUCGGCCUUGGGUUCAUGUUUGACACUCAUACAUAUAGGAUUUAUAAUUUGCAUGUCAUUCAUCAUACACACAUUUCCAUCUGGUGUCAAUGGAUUGAAUUUGUCCAUCAUGGUGAUGGGAUUGAUAUUUUCCAUUAUAGUGGCGGCGAAAGGGCUUUCAUAG